AUGCAGGAGAAGAAGCCGGCUGCCAAAGGCCCCCUGAUGUUCCUCGAGGACAAGGCAGACGAGAAGGCUGACAAAGCGGACGAGGUGGCCAACAAAGCGGGCGACAAAGCGGACGCCGCGGCUGCCAAGAUGCGUCAGUGGAAGGGCGAGGUCAAGGACGCGCUGAAAAAGGCGGAGACCAAGGCAGAUGGCUUCGUGGAUGAGGUCUCCAGCGCCCUGAAGAAGGGCUUCGACUCCGCCACGAGCGCCGUGGACCGAAAGGCCAACAGCGGCGCGGACCAGGCGGACAAGAUGGCACAGGACGUGAAGCAAAGGAUUCAGGAAAUCCGCAAGCAGAUGGCUGAGCAGCAGAAGAAGGAUGCAGAGAAGAAGACCGCCAAGGAGUCAGACGGUAGAGGUUAA